CGCAUUUCAAGUUGUACUAACCGAAUGUUUUCCCAGGCUGUGCAAACAUUAAACUUGCAUUUAAAUCCCGAGAAUUGUACGAAGCGGGUAAUUCUAGGCUAAUAAAAGGAAAGUUUCCUUCGUGAUGGCGACCGAGACGAAGCCAAUGGAUGAAUUUGAAGAGGAAUCCAUUACUAUGGAAAUUGAAGACAUCGCCGCUAAGUACAAUUUCGAUGAAAGUUUGCGCGGCAAAUGGAUGUUGUUUUUCCUCCACGAAUACAUGGACGACAUGUGGGCUAAGGCCGUAGAGCUCUACAGCGCUGGAGAGCUGCCCGGCAUUGUCUCCAUCAAGACGUCGACCGCCGCUCCCAACGUCCGCUCCGGAGAGACAGAGUACGGAGUGAUACGUUUCUACUGCGGACCCUAUGAUGACCGAGAACGAGUUCUUCAGUAUGGGCUGAAACUGAUCGAGAAAAUGCAAUAUUUCAGCAAUAAUUUUGGAUUUGCUGCUUACAAGACUGAUGAACAGUCGAAGAUAGGGACCAAAGCGACUGGAGCGAAAAAGAAUUAUUUGUACCGUCUACCAGUGUCCACGUAUGAUCAUCUGGAACAAAGAUCAGGCAAGUGCAAGGAGCCCCCCAUAGAAGUACCAUCGCAGGUCUGUACUCGUGAGUUGAUCCAUGAAGUGGUGGGGGAUUUCAUAAGGGAUCCUGUCGACAUUAGCAACUAUUGCAGAUGGACAAUGGAGUUCCCUUCAGGAACCCCGCAUGACUCUGCAUGGGUCAGUGCAUGCCGCCUCUACCGUAGCGGGGAACUCAAAGAUGUCGACUACAUUCAAACAACCACUGUCAAAUCUUCUCUGUCUAAAAAUGGAAUGAUACUUUUCUUCUCACGAGACAACCUUUCGCAGUCAAAACUGCAGCAAUGUGGUAACAAUCUUGUGCAAAAACUUGAUUAUUCGUCGAAGGACGGGGAACUUUGUGCAUCUCAGUAUAUUGGCCGAGGCUGGGUGGUACUGUGUCGGGUGCCUGCUUCUCAAAAGUAAACUAAUUCCUAACCGAACUGCACCGCGCCGCUAGCCCACACACACGGGCACUCGAUCAUGCGCUGCUUUAGACAUCAUUGCUGAAACAUGGUGAUCGGGAACAUUAUACAGGUAUUUUUAUUGGAAUACGUCCCACGAAUGAGUUGUGCACUUGCGUUGGCAUUAUUCACAUUACAUACCCCGUAGCACUUCAUACAUAUGUCUUACGAAAAAAUACAUUUGUGGCUCAAAAAAAUAUUGUGUAAAUAAUAUUUCAAACGCGAUUAGCACUAGACCCUGGGAUAUGGCGGCACAUUGUACCUACUAAUUGUGAAGCCAUUUAAAAAAUAUUGGAAAUAAUUUUACCUGUAUUUAAUAAGUUAAAUUCAUUACGCAAUUAUUUCGUAUAAAUAUUCCUCAUGAGUCGCACGAUAAAUUGAGCUGUAAGUGAUAGUGGUUAUUGAAGAACGAAGGUGUUAGUCGGUUUUACUUCAUUUAAUAGAAUAUUAAAUUAAAAACUCUCUCAAACUUAUAAUCGUUUUUGUUAUUUGUCGCGUGGAGAUUUAAAAGGAAGAUGUAAAGGAAAUUAUUUAUAGUUAGCAAGACGCUUCAUGCAGAACUUCUCGCAUUGAAAUAAUUUGACGACCAAAUGUGGCACUAAAACAUAAAUUAGACUCGAGUUUGUUACACAAAGGCAAUUUCAUUGCCUUUGUCGAUCCAGUAAUCGACUAAUUUCAUCACCCGGUGCCUCACGCAUUUGUUUGUAUUGGUCCUUAUCAGCGACAAAAAUUUCCAAGCAGACAGUCUGUACCAAGUCAAUCUUAUAAUUUGUAGGGAAAAAUAAAUUUACAUGGGAAAAGAGAGGUUAUAUUAGAUACCAACAAUUGAAAGAACACACAAUAGAGAUGAAUGAAAAUCGCGUCAAAGAUGAAAAUGAAGCUGAUGUAUUUGAGAGCAGAUCCAUCAGCAGAGCUCUAAAAUACAGCGGUUAUCAGGAGCUGCCUAAAUCACGAUUGAGCGGCAAUGGGAUUUUUUGAACACUAAGAUUUUUAAAGGUCACAUGCAGAAAAGUACAUUGAGGUUUUGAAAUGAAGUAAAUAUUUUAUUCAAAAUUU